CCGGUGUUAGGAAGUGUGGGGGAGUGAUGUGCAGCAGCCAUCAGGCCCUGAACACCUGGUGGAACAGGCCCGCGUAGCAACGCACCGGGUAAGCAGGCUCUGGUAGCUGCAGGCAGGAGAGCCUGUUCUGACUUUACCUCUCGAUACCAGUGAAGUACCUGCUGUCCACCACUUUCUUCAUUUAACUUCCCCUUGGGGUCAGCUGCUUGUCAGCAUGCCUUCAACCGAGAACACCUCCAAACUUUUGCUGGUCCUCGUGUCGCUGCUGCUGGUGCUGCCCGUAGUGGAAGCCCUGGACGCAGGAGAUACCAUUGCCUUCCUGCUCGGCCUCGCUGUCAGUGUGGUCGGAUUCUGCGCCUGCCUUGGCUUGUAUGCAAGGAGAAGGAAUGGGCAGCAGUGACUUCAAGAAAAUGCUUGGAUGAAGUGAAUUUCUGAACACAACUUGGGGUUGGGUGUGACUGAGCUUUGGUUCUGGAAAACUUUCAAAAAAAAUGUAGUAGAUAUUUCUGCAAACCCCUCUUACUGUUCAGUACAACAGAGUGAAGACAGUACAAGGCUGUACUAGUAGAAGUGAUUUGUAUGAUCUGUUCUCAUUACAAAAAGAUAAUUUUAAAUCGUUUAUGAUUAACUAUUGCCUUAGAGAAGGGUAAAAACUAUUUGAAUGGGGAAGUAAAACUACAGAGAGGCUCACAGUAAGAGUUUAUAAAUUUAGCAUGUGAGGGAGGCCCUCAACAAGUUCCAUAAUUUUGGUUUCAAUAUUAAAUCAGGAGGAAGCAGCUAUUAAUCUUCCAGUCAAGAUGACAGGAGUUUUGAAAUUUGUCCUAACCAGAUAGCUAGCGAGCAGACUGCUCUAACUUGUGUGCUCACGCUCACAUUCUCUGUAGUGACAGUUAACACCUAACAGCUCACUUCUGCUGUCACAUGGAUGGGACUUAAGAGAACUAAGGAAACAUGAAAGGCUUUUUUUUUUCCUUUUAGAAUAUUUUUAGAGUAUUUUUAUUUUAGAAUAUGCCACUCCUGUAGCCUGUAUUCUUAUUAUCAAGUAGAUACACCUAAGAACAAGAUCACCAUUUUUACUUAACAUGUAUUUCACAGAAAAGUACAUGUAAGGCUAUGUAAAUCAGAUUAGGAAUAUGGACUUGGUCUCUUGUUUAUUUUUGUACUCAGCUUUUUUCUAGGCAAACCAGGUUUAAGGCUUAGUUCAUUUGGUGUUUGCACUUUUUUCUCCAAAACUGAAGACUUAAUUAUUUUGAUGAGGAAUUCUGUGUAUUUCUGCAUUAGAAGUUUAUUAAAACUCUAACAAGACCAUUGUGCAUAUGUUUUUUUUACAAUGUAGAAAGAACUUGAUAAAAUUCUGGGUUUAAUCAAUUAGUCCAUUGUUCUUGUGGAUUCCUUGUGACAAACCUAUGUUGCUAGCUAAACACUUAGGCUUCUCUAACUGAUACAUAUGACUUCCACAAAAGAUUGGGACCCAAACCAAAGUAAAAAAUCCUGGUGCAAAAUGGGAGAUGUAAAUAGUCUUAUUGCAUUCAUGUUCAGUCAGAUUAUGUGGUGUAUGGUUGAAAGACAGUAAUGUGUCUGUUUCUGUAAGUACCAAAGGUGAAAUGGCUCAGCCAAGAAUGUCUGACACAAGUCUCUCUGACUUUUCGGGGUGUUCCAGCUUGAGCCAAGAGCACACUCUGUAGCAGCAGCAGAAUAAGGAGCACAGGAGGAUGAGCUCUCCACAGCUGAAAGAAUUUCCUUCUGAUCUUGUGCUGUGGACACUGCCACUCUCUGCUAGAAAUCUUGGCUUUUAUCUUUCAGAGUUAUGUGUUUUGAUUUUUGUAUUCUUCUACUUCCUCUGUGCCUCUGUUCAGUGGAGCACAAAGCAAUGGCUAUGGGCAGGUCUUAUGUAAGUAAUUGGGUGGCAGAUCAUGUUCUCCAGAUCACGAUUUCUGCAUGCCGUUUUUGGAAGAAAGGGACAGAAUGCACAAUUACUAUGUAGAAAUGAAAUGUACAGCCCUAAGAGGACCUUCAGACAGAAGUAUCACCUUUGAAAGCUGCCUAGCAGCAGUAAAUGAUCCUGUUUGUGAUAAUUCAGCUGGAUGGGUGCAAGCACAGAUUGAGGUGUGAUCUUUGGUGUUCCAUCUUAGCUAAAAAAAAAAGAAAAAAAAAAAC